ACCCCCUGCCUCAGCGGUUAUUCCUGGAGAGCAGCCACCCAGAGCGAGAGCGAGCGAGAGAGAGAGAGAGAGAGAGAGAGAUUGAAGAGAGGUGCCAUGGGCGACUUCUCCGCCAGCAGCAUCCACUGUUCCCGCCUCCACGACUGCCACGGCAACGACGGCGACGCACUCAUCCGCCGUCGCGUCGACUCGCCGCAGUCCGUCUUGGGCCCCUUGCUCUCUUCCAUGGCCGGCCUCAGCUUCACGCGUCAUCCCCUCCAAGAUCCGCCCGGCCGCAAGAUCACCAAGAAAGGAACGCGUACCGUCGAGGACUCAAUUCCCCGUGGCUCCUGGCGCAGUGCGAUUGCCACAUCCGAUUUUACUCCGCCGGCCCCGAUCGUGGUGAAGAGGCGGCGAUUCACAACCCUCAUCGAUGACGAUGACUGCGGAAUGGAUGGCGGAGAUGCAACGCCUGGGGUUGCUAGAAAGCUUGGGGACCUCCUGGAUAAGGUGGCUUCGGAGAGCGCGGAUCCUAAGGAAGAGAGGCAGGGGGACUCCAUUGAACCAUGAACUGAAAACGAAGGCGAAGUACUUCCUGCGAAAAUAAUUAGGGUUUCCUCACGGUUAAACACGCGAAGGAGUGGUUGAUUCUGUAUACAGUCGGUGAAUUCUUUUGUCUCGACGAAAUUGAAGAGCAUCGCAUUAGGUUACAAGCUGGGAGGAGGAAGAAGAAGAAGAAGAAGAAGAAGAAGAAGAGGAAGAAGAAAGCAUAGCAUAUUUGUUUGAUGAUGAAUUAGGUAUAAAUGAAAUUGAACAGACAAUAUUAGUAGGUUUCUGAUAUUUCAUGUAGAUGAAUUAGGUAUAAAUGAAAUUGAACAGACAAUAUUAAUAGGAAGAAUUUAGUAAAUUGUGAAUAAAUUAAACUCUUACUUUAUGUUUACCAUGUUCUACCAUACUACACUAGGUUGUCAAGCCUUUCUAUUUUUAGCAAAUGCAGAUAGAACUUUUAUUUCUUGGAGUGCAAAGCCCUGUUGCUGCCACCAGUUUGCAAGGUGAUGAAGCCAAAGAAUUUACAAUUUCUUGGAAUGCUAAGCACUGCUGCCACCAGUUUGCAAGGUGAUUGAGCUGAGGAACAAACAUAUUUCUUUUCUUUCUCUUUCAACUUCAUCUCUAUGCAGUACUGUUAUGUGUUGAAACAAAAAAUAGAGUAAUUAUUAUGUGUUGAAACAAAA